GAAACUCCGACAGAUUAUGAAAACAAGUCGUGCUAUUAACGCAAUACAAAGAACACAAGGCUAAAAUUAAUAUAAAAAUAUAACUUUACGUUGUAAUCGUAACAUGGAAAGUAUUUUUUCUGUAAAUAACGAUGUCUCGGCGAUAUUUUUCGACUUAGACAAUACUUUAAUCCAAACAAGAAAAGGGGACAGCAAGGCCUGCAAUAAGCUUGUAGAAAUUAUGGAACGUGAGUAUGGAAUCCCUCAUGACGUAGCCACGAGUAGUGCGAGGAAUUUCCUGUGCGCUUUCAGAGCCCGGCCCGAUGAUGACUCUUAUGCUAUUGACGAGUGGCCUGCGCACUUGUGGCGUAACUGCUUACCGAAGAACUAUAGGCAUAUUGCCAAAAAUAUAUCGAUUGAAUGGAUAAAACUGAGAUUCCAAUGCUUAGCUUUGACGCCAGAUGUUAUACAUCUUUUAGAAUCGCUUAGGGAGGAUUACCUUCUCGGUCUGAUCACGAACGGGCCUUCGCGGGCUCAAUGGCAGAAGAUCGAACGUUUAGGACUCCGGAAAUACUUCGACUGCGUGCUGGUCUCCGGAGACCUGCCGUGGGAGAAACCGGACCAGAACAUCUUUUUAGAAGCCUGCAAGCUUCUGCAAGUUGAACCCAGAACGUGCAUUAUGGUUGGAGACAAACUGGAAACUGAUAUAAAGGGGGGAAAGGAGGCGGAGCUUGGCGGAACCGUAUGGAUACCGCUCCACAACGACGAAAUGGAGUCGGAUCUCCCCGACGUCACCAUACAUGACGUCACGGAACUGCCCGAGGUGCUCCCGACCUCGCCCAAGCUGAAGCGCUCCACGCCGGCUACCAGUACCUGUUGAUGUUAUGACACAACCAUAGGCCAGAGUGAGACUAUACUAUACAAAAUCUCGCAUAAUAUUAAUUCAUAUAUUUUCUGUAAUAUGUAUAUUAAAUAUUUGUUUCCUGAUUACAAAACAAAAUUGAGCUUUGCCAUUUAACAAUAGAUUACAGUAAUUAGCACUUUUUCUAUGUUUCUUACUUUUUAA